UAUGUCUCGACAUUAUCUAUUCUGCUCGCAAUCACGAACUAGCUAGAAAAAUUCAAAAAGAAAAGUAGUGGGAAGCAGCGGACAAGCCGAGCAAAGCAGUGCAAGAGAGGUUUUUUGCAACUUGUCUAGAUCCGGAAGCACGUGAGCGCAACCAUAGAAAUCGAGCGCCGACAAUCGCGGCCAAGUAGCUUUACCAAAAGCGGCAGUAUUGUCGGCAUUGCCUGCCUGAACAUUUUAUCGCCAAUCUCCAGCAACCAUUAAUCCACUAAACCAUGGGUGUUUCGUUUCGGGAGGAAAGCUUUGUGGUUAUUGAGCUGGGCAGCCACACGACGCGUGCGCUGAUGAACACCAGCGACGUGAACUUUUCCGAGCGCAAGGUCAUUCGCACACGCUGCGGUCAGCUGAAGCCGGUUGAAGAAAACGAACAUGAAGGCAGCGAGGCUGGUAGCAAGAUGCAGGCAACAGCAGCAGUCGACGAUGGUGAGCCGGUUAUCAAUGGUGAGCCGGCAGAAAAGGAUGACGGCAGCGGCGACGUGAUCAAGGAUACCGAAGAUAACAGCUAUGUGUUUGGCAGCGCACUCGAGGCGGCUGACCCAUCGACGAUUGAAAGGGCAGUCGAUUUCAUUGAUGGAGAGGUGGUGGACUGGGACAUGCUGUCAGCGUUUCUGCGGUAUGUUGUGACCAAAGAGUUUAGCAUCAAGAUCUCUGACAACGGAAGCCCUGUGCUAUUCAGUGUGCCGCCGCUGUGGCCCAAGACCGACUUGGAGAACCUGGCGCAGAUUGCGUUUGAGCACCUGAAUGCGCCCGCCAUCCUAGUGACCGAGCAGCCGUUGAUGGCGGUCUACGGCAAUGGCGCCAUGACGGGCCUUGUCAUUGACAUUGGGCACGCGACCACAACGGUGACACCGAUAAUCGAUUCGUGCGUACUGACCAGCAGCGUGCAGAUUAGCAGCAUUGGCGGGCAGGCUGUGACGCAGAAUCUCUUGCAGCAGCUGCAGAGCGAUGCAGGUGUCGUGCGCCAGAAUUUGCUUGUCCGAGUCAAAGAGUCUGGCCUAUGCAAGCUUGGUGCACCAGGCAAUGCUCUCGAGACCGUCGAGUUCAAGGACGGCGACAAGACGUAUACGCUGCCGACCCGCAUUCUGCACAGCGCACCGCAAGUCCUACUGACACCGAGCUCCGAGGGCUCAACACCUCUGACGACCAUGAUCAGGCAGGCAGUGCUGGGCAGCGAGAUCGACAAGCGCCCGCUGCUGUGGGACAGCAUCCACCUCGUCGGCGGGUCAUCGCGGUUCCCGGGUCUGCAGGAGCACCUGGAGCGCGAGCUCGAGGCGACGGUGCUGCCGGCCAGCAAUAUCUUUGCCAACUCGCAGACUCGCGAGAUCAAGUUUGUGCCGAUUCCUGAUUACUUCAAUGGCUGGCGCAACAUGGGAUACCGAGCCAGCCUGCUGGGCGCCAGCAUCACCGCCAAAAUCGCCCUCAACGACAGCAAGCACAACAUCACACGGACCGAAUACAACGAAAACGGGCCGUCUAUCGUACACACGAAAUCAUACUAGGUCCUUUUUAUGCAAUCUCAAAGUGCGGGAAUGAAGACUGCUUUACAUGGUCCAGCCGUAGGCACUGGUAGUGGUCAGAGUCUUUGUGGUAGUAGUAGCCGAUGAUGGAGGCUGCUGCACGGUCAUAGCACACGUAGUAGAAGCCGUCGUAGCUGGCGCCGCUGAUGCGGCUCAGCUUGUAGUUGGGAACCACGAACCGCUCCUUCCACCGCAUGAAUAUAAAUUUGUCCGACAGAUUCAUGGUGUACGCAAAGUCGCCCAGGUCAAAUGUGUUGCGGUAAGGCUUAAA